UGUCAGUUUUCCACUUGCAGCAGAACUGAAGACAAACCUGGUCAGUGGGUGACAGUGGAUCUACUGGUUCCCUACACAGUGACUUUUAUCCAGCUUGCCUACAGAGAGGACUGCUGCUAUAGUGAUAAUGUCCGAGUGGAUGACACAAGCUGUGACAUCAUCCCCAGUAGUUCACAAUCUCUGGUGACCCUGGAUUGCAGAGGGAUUGUGGGUCGCUAUGCGACUGUCAUGCAUCCUGACGUACCACCGCAGCUGUGUGAGGUGGAGGUCUAUAGCACUCAGGAAAAUUUUGAAAACAGAUUCCCUCAGUGGCCCCCACCCCAUGAUCACUGCUCCUCUUGCAGCCGUGACUACAUUCUCAUUCACAAUGAACCUAAAACCUGGUUUGAAGCCUAGACCUACUGCAGAGAGAGGUACACUGACCUGGCUACCGUCAGCAAUGUUCAGGACAUGAACGGGGUCGUAGACAAAAUGGAGAAUACCUUCACCGACUUUUGGAUCGGGUUGUAUGAAGAUGUUGUAACCUGGAGGUGGUCUAUGUCAGAUGAAGGUCACUAUGGAGACGGUGAAGCUGAGUUCAGGAACUGGGGUGAUGGUGAACCCACCAAUGAGAGUGGCAUUCAGCAUUGUGCCGGCAUACAACAUAUGGGUCAAUGGAAAGACCAGGACUGUGACUUACUCCACUACUUCUUAUGCUUUGAUGGCAGAAGCGGUGCACCAGAAACAAAGAUUCUUGUGGAAACAGCAAUGAAGUGGACUGACGCUCAGCGCUACUGCAGGGAGUACCACACAGACUUGCUCAGCGUGAGGAACCAGGCUGAGAACCUGGAAAUCCAGAGCAUGGUACCGGCAGGAAAGCUGGCCUGGAUUGGCCUGUUUAUAGACUCCUGGAAGUGGUCAGAUGGGAGCUACUCCACAUUCAGAUACUGGUCAAGUAGGCCACACAACAGCUCAGGAGAGGGUCCGAACUGUGCUCAUGUCUACCACAGGAAAUGGAGUGUAAGGUCCUGUGACACCGAAUCUAUGUUUCUUUGCUACUACUAUAAGAAGAGAUCUGUGGUGAAGAUCAGCAUUAACUCUGACAUGAGUGACCCAGUCAUCCGACAACAAAUCUUAAACCAGCUGGAGGCAGAUAUGAAAAGAAAGGGCAUCACUGAUUUCAAGAUCCGCUGGUUGACAUCCAGAAGAGUUUCACACAAAGAGGCACCACAGUACAUGCCGCCUGAGGGAGGUGAAACAUGAAUCCUGCUCCAGUGGUGCACCCAUUUUAAAUGUUAUCACUUAGUCAAAUAGGCAUUAGUACUGGUUAUCAGCAUCAUAGAUAUAGGUUAGAAGGCUCUUGCUACACUGACCAGUAUAUUCAGAAUGCUGUGAUCAUCUUAUUAAACAGCUGUUGGCAAAACGUUUUUCUGUUUCAACAGUGCUGUUGUUAACGUGUGGUUAUGUUUAGGCACAAACCAACUUGGUUAUGGUUAAAAAAUAAAUAAAAUCAUAUUUUGGCUUAAAAAAUCUGCAUUAACUGGCACAAAAGCUGCUUGAAAUUCAGCAGUGGGUCACUAACAGCAGUCACAUUUUGGGGCCAGAAUGCUGCUGAAAAAGCAGCAACUACUCCCCCAAAAAACACCCUUAUUUCAUGGCAGAAAUGCUGCUAGAAAUGCAGCAAUAGGUCGCUAAAAACAGACCUGUAUGGGGGUAAGAAUGCCGCUGGAAAUUACAU